AUGUCCCGUGUUCUCGUAACAGGAGCCUCUGGUUUCCUUGCUAUGCAUGUUGUCAAACAACUACUCGAUUCAGGUGAAUACAUCGUACGAGGAACAGUGCGAAGUCUUGCAAACGAGAAAAAGGUCAAACCCUUGAACGAGCUGUCUCCGGAAAACGCAAAAUAUCCACUCGAAUUGGUCGAAGCAGAUCUUACAAAGAAAGAAACUUGGGUCGAGUGAGUAAUGUAGUCGCUAACUAUACAACUAAGCAUUUCUUUAUAUUUUCCUGUUGUUUGUGUUAUGUCCUUUUCGUGCAGUUUAUACCGGUUUUUUAUGCAGAUUAUUGUAAUAUUCAAUAUCCCACAUGAAAUCAAUCUUAAUUUAAUUUGCUGAGUCACACCACGCUAUAUUUUGUCGAUGAAAAUAACGGGUAAAAUUAGUAAAUUGUACUAGUCAAGUCUUCACAGGAAGUAUUUUAUAAAGUGUGAAAAAUAUGAAAUAACAACGAAAUACAAGAGUUUUGUAAAAAUUCUACAUACAUAACCCCUGCGUUGUUGUUUACAAAUUUUUAUUUGCCGUUCUUUCAUUCGUGCAGAAAAUUUAUGCUAAAUUUUGUAAUUACAAUGAAAUAUGAUAUAUUAGUGUACACAAAAGCCCGGGCACAAAAAGUUAAAAAACAACAUUUUCUUUGUUUUCGCUCAGAAAUCAAAACUAUGUAAAGCAAUAUGUGGUCAUAUACGUAUAAAGAAAUAGAAAAUUUUUUUCUUGGUUCGAGGCAGUUAUGCAAACCUAAGAGAAAGUCGGGGGCAGUUAUGCAAACCCUAGAGAAGGUCGGGAGUUUGCAUAACUUUCAAAAAUUAUCCCAGUGAAUUAGUUCUAUCAGGAGAGAAUGAGGGAUUCUCGGUUCCAUACAACAAAGGUAUCUCGCGAAACCCGGCGGUGGCCAGAAGAGAGACCGGGAGUUCAUACACGAGGUUUGUUACAAGAACAGGAAAGCCCCCGAGCACAUACUUACUAAACUAGCCUGCGUGGCAGGCGUUCAACAGGGAAGAGGAAAGGAAUUUGGGCUCACGAGCGCUGGCGGAGACAAGACAGGGGAAGAACGUGUUCCCUCCCUCCCCUCGCGCACCCUUUACGUUUUUCGCCCGCCUGAAGUCCCCUUCCUCUUCCUUUCUCAAACGCCUGUCUCCCAGGCUAUUUCUUAACUAGUUCCAGAGAGAAAUGGUUUCCCUGCUUCCCAUUGGCUUGUCUCUUUGACCUCCGAAGCCGUUGUCACGAAGUUUGGGGUGGAGAAGGCGAGAGAACGGCUCGUUCUUCUCGGUGAAGUCAUCGUGCGAAAGUGUAUUCCAGUUCCAACUGGAACUCCAAGGGACUAGGAUACUGACUACGGUAAUAACAUUAAUUACAUUACUUCCAGAGCAAAAUGACUCGCUUGAAAGGUCCCGACACUUUGGAUCUUCACUGUAGUCUUAUAGCGCCUUCCAGCUAUUUUAUACCGUGUAACUGAUCGUCUGUUCGUCACUGACAGGGCUGUUAAAGACUGUACCUAUGUCAUUCACGUGGCGUCACCCUUCCCAGCGCAGAAUCCAAAAGAUGAGAUCCUUCACUAUCCUGGGCGCCACCUGCCUUGUUUUUCGCACGAACUUCGAACACGGUUUUGGUUCCCACCUCACUUUUCUCAACACGAAUGUUCGAGGACUGCUGCGAUUUAUUGUAAGAGUUGAUCUUCAUUUAGUCACCUAUAAAUAGUCCGUUUCCACUUUCCAGUGAACAGUGACACCAACUUAAGGCGUGGAUACAGUGAUUUGUACAUAGGAGACCCAAGGGCCCGGCCUCGAGCUCCCUAUGAGAGCUCUGAGCAACUAUACCCCACUUUAGACCUGGCUAACUAAUUUUUCAUACGGCAACAAUUAUAAGACGUUAUAUGAGAGUUAUUCUUUUCCCUUAGUAAAUGAGCAAAAUAGAUUUCCUUUUUAAGUUUGCCUCAAACAUUUUCGUGUGUUCAUACGCUGAUCCGCCUGGGUACAUGGUUGAAAAACCGCCGCUGAAGAAAAUGGUAUUAAAAAGUGCCUAAGAGGCUUGAAACGCAGUGAGCACACAAAUUAAGUUACAUUUUUCCGCCGAAGCCUUAAAAUUGUGUGUACCGCUGGAGUGCCCUGCGAGCAGUGGUUUCAAUUCUACUACAGGCAGAACUCUUGCUACGAAGCGCCUUCCAGUGCCACGGGACGAAUAAAUUAACCUUGAACUGGUAAAGCCUGUUUAAAAACAAGUUAAGGCUGUAAAUGAAUGUUGUUUGUUUCUAGCUGGUCGAGUCAGCGAAGACGGCCAUGUUUUUACCGAGGAGGACUGGUCCUCACUGGAGAACAGUCUCCCGUAUGAGAAGAGCAAGCACUUGGCUGAGAAAGCAGCAUGA